CGCUUGACCCGCUUGACCGUCCAAUUUCAACCAAGGUACUACCUUUUUCCUUGUCCGCCACCAUGGCCAUGGAUUCAUUCUCCUGGUCAGAUACAUUCCGCGCCGCUUUUUCCACCUGCAUGCCAUGCCUCGCCAAAGAGCUUCACGACGACCCCACCAACAGCGGCUACCAGCGGCUACCCCAAAAUCUCGAACACUUGCUGCAGGAUCCAGGAACCGACACCGAGGCAGAGACUUUGUCUCUGCACUCGAAUAUCGGUGACAAUAAUCGAAGAAGGAAGAAAAAGCGACAACCUAGGCGUAUUUUAACAUUCUUUGGUUUGAACCUCUUCGGAAAACCUGCCAUCCAUCUUGACGAAGACGAGGGUGACCACACCUUUCAUCGUUCCCGCACUUCUACUUCACGGACAUCCUCCACAGGGUUUGACUCUGACGCUGCACCGCUUGACUCGUCAGCGAUAGACAGUAUGACUCUGGAACAGCUUGAAGAGCGAGCACGUGCAGCGGAAGAAGAGGAGAGGCACGCGAAAGAAGAACGGCGCAAGCGGAGACGAGAGCGCAAGGAGAUGAAGCGACUUGCACAGGCAUUGGCUGUUGGGUCCGUGGAUGGUGAGGAGUUUGAGGGAUUCCAAGGCAGUGGCUCUGUCACUGGAGGGUACCUACAUAUUCCCUCUCCCGGGUUUUACAACACCCCCCCUCCGUCACACCCAGAGGUCGAAACCGAAGCGGAUGAUGGUGCAGACCUUGAUGGAGGAAUGUACGUCAGUAGGAGAGACCAUCACGGCAGCAGCGGCGGCGGCUCCGAUUCGCGACUGACUUCGUCAGACGCCUCCUCGCAGAUCCGGUACCACAGCCAACAGCUCGCCCCGACCACACAUCUACCUAAUCUGACUCCUUCAUCGCUCCCGGUGAAGAAGAAGAAGUCUUCAAAGUCCAUGUCGCGUUCUUCCGGGACGUCUUCCCAAUCUCCGUCAUUGGCGUCGCCUGUGGGACACUCAUUCUCUCAGAUAUUGGGUCCCAAGGGGGAUGUCGUUGGUGAGAGCGGGUUGCCCAGUCGGGGCCUCUCAAUGGGAGGAGAUAGGCAGUCAUUCAGAGGCGGACAAGGAGGAGCAUUCCUAGCCGACCAUGGUGCCGAUUGAAAGGUUAUGGGAUCAUGGUGAUACCAAUGGAUGGAGGAAUACCAAUAAUGAUACUUUGUCUAGUAUAAUAGCUUCAGUUUCUGUAUCUGGACAGUACUAUGGAAUGAAUAAUUUAGGACUGAUCUUGUGAA